AUGAUCAAUGCCCAUUUUUAUUUCGCAGUUAUACCUAGUACUGACUCACCUUUACAUCGCUUGGCCUCUUUCCACGAGGAAAAGGCACGACUGCCCCGUACCGAUAUCGAACAACCGCCAGCACCCGUGAAUGAAAAGCAACCCGACACGACCGAGCCUACAGCGGCUGUAAGCCCAUUUCAUCCAAGUCAAUUUCCUGACGGCGGCAGGGAUGCUUAUCUGUGUCUGCUCGGAGGCUUUUGCUGUCUCUUUUGCUCAUUCGGUUGGCUGAACUGUGUUGGAGUGUUCCAGAGCUAUUACGAGCGGAACCAACUCAGUGAUUAUUCGCCUUCUACCAUCGCAUGGAUAGCCUCUCUCGAGAUCUUCGUCAUGUUUGCGCCUGGGCCUAUCGUCGGUUUCAUCUAUGAUAACUACGGUCCCAAAUACAUACUGCUAUUUGGUACCUUCUUCCAUGUCCUUGGUCUCAUGAUGACGAGCCUCUGCACCGAGUAUUGGCACUUCGUUCUCGCUCAAGGAAUCUGCAGCCCCCUGGGCCUGAACUGCAUCUUCCAGGCGGGAACGAGCACCAUUCCUACAUGGUUUUUCAAGAAGAGAGGGCUUGCAUACGGAGUCAUGGCCGCUGGCAGUGGGCUAGGUGGCAUCAUAUUCCCAAUCAUGGCAACGCAUCUCAUCCCCGAAAUUGGCUAUGCUUGGACGAUGAGGACAAUAGCCUUCCUCAUCCUCGGCAUGAUGGGUAUCGCUUUCCUCACUGUCAAGUCUCGUCUACCACCAAGGCCUAGGAAAUUCGAAGUCAAGGUGUUUCUGGAGCCCUUCAAGGACACUCGCUUCAUCCUACUGACGAUUGCGUCAUUCUUGUUCUUCAUGGGAAUGUUUAUACCCAUCAAUUUCAUCGAGGUUGAAGCCAUGUCGGAUGGAAUGUCGACUCGCUUGGCUGGAUAUCUUCUAGCUGUCCUCAACGCCGCCAGUAUCUUUGGCCGUAUCAUUCCCGGUGCCCUCGCAGAUAAGGUCGGCAAAUUCAACAUGCAAUCACUCUGGUGCCUGGUAGCUGGCAUUCUCGUCCUCGCACUGGCUCUCCCCGCAUCAAGCAAUGCAGCAUACAUCACCUUCGCCGCUCUCUACGGAUUCUCUUCCGGUGCUUUCGUAUCGCUAUUGCCAGCUCAGAUAGCACAUAUCUCGAAGGUUGAACAGAUUGGAAUCCGUGUUGGUGUUAUAUUUGCUUGCAUCUCGUUUGCGGGCUUGGUCGGUAGCCCAAUUGCAGGAGCUAUUGUCGAUAAGAACAGUGGACAUUACUGGGGACUAAAUGUCUUCUCGGGUGUCAUGCUGAUGGCAGGAUCGACUGCAGCAUGGCGAAACAGCUUACCUGAUAUCACAAUCGGGGCAAUAUUGAAGGAGAAAGACGCAGAUGCGAAUCAGACUCUUUUCGAGAAGAGUUUCCACUACGCCAGAUCGAAAGGAGCGCUACGAGAUGGAACGAUCGGACCCCACUCCCUUGCAAGCUCUUACUCGAAUGCAGCGAGAGUAGUGGAGACGCAAUAUCUACAGUCCAUUCUGCCAUCGAAAGAUAGGCUAAUGCUCAUCGUGGACUAUUAUGCGGAAUACAUGAUGUACUGGAAUGGUGGCAUUUACCAUGCGCCAAGUUUUCGAAGAAAGUUGCUCGAUGCCUAUGGUCAGUCGUCUGAGCUCAAUAUGCAGAGUCUUGACUGGAGAUGGACAGCGCUUUUGUUCGCUAUACUCUCGUCCAGUAUCAUCGGCUCUUCAGAAGGAGCUUCCGUUUCCUGGGGCUUCUCAGUCGACGACAAGGUCCAGCUGGCACGCUUAUGGGGCGCAGCAUCGGUCUCAUGCUUGAAUCUCGGUAAUUACACAUCGCAAUACAGCAUUUACUCGGUACAGACGAUCUAUAUCAUGCACGCGUAUGAACAUCUGGUCGGCUCGACAAACCAAUGGGUCGCUUUGCGUAGCGUUGGAGUUAUAAUUGCGAAAGGACUGGGUUUGCAUAAACUUGGGCCCCAUCCCGACGAUGAGAGGAUAACUGAACUGGACCCGGUUCAGAAGGAAGCCUUCAUCGAGCGCGAAAUUGGCCGAAGAGUCUGGUACGGAGUCGUCUGCCAGGAGUGGUUGUGUUGUACUUCACAGUCCGCUUACAUACUGACUCUCCAAUGGCGUCAUUUUACGAGCGCAAGACCACGCGAAUUAGACGAAGAAACUAUGACGCCUAUCACCGAUACAACGACCCCAACAAUUACAAGCGUCAUGACCUACUUCUUUGACUAUGCCGCGGUGCUUCUCGAUGUUCACAACGCUAUGGUGGAGCUUCUGGAUAAGGAUGAUGCUACCAAAUAUGCCGCGACACUCAAAUAUGACGGCGAGAUGCGCGCCGCGUGUACGGAAAAGGUGCCGAAAUGUCUCUCGCCUCGGACGCCACACAAUCCCAACUGGCCUCGAUGGGUCACGUGGGCCAAAAGAUUGCACCAGGCGUCCGUCAAUCAUAAGAUCAUCAUGAUCCACCAGAAUUUCUUGAGCAAAAGCUUCAAGGAUGUACGCUACACAUACAGCAGGUGGGCCUGUAUGAGCGCUGCACAGAAAAUCAUCGACUUUUACAAUACCCGGGACGCCCAAGAGCCGCAGUGGUGGGUUGAGCAAGCUUUUGUCGUCACCGCUGGUAUCUGCAUGGUAUUGGAGCUCUUCCAUCGCGUUGAGUCAGAUGGCGAAGCGCAGGAAUACCAUUUAUACGUAAAGAGAGCCGUCAGGUUCUUGCAGCUGUUCUGCACAUCGAGUGUUGCAGUGCAUGGCGUCCGUCUCCUCAUGUCACUCUUACAGGAGUACGAGAAGCUCAAGGAAGGGUCGAGCGCGAAGACUACACCAUCAAUGGACACGACAGCCUCACAACCCUGUUCCUGUGUCUCUGACAGCAUGACCGACAUCUCCAUACCUGACGCUUCCUGCGUGACCCAUCAGCCACCUCUGGAUCCCGAAAUACCGUUUUCUUUCGAUGACCCGACAAUGUUCAAUUUCGAUAUCGACGGGCUGGGCUUCGAAGACUUGAUGGACUAUCUUCCUUUUGAAGUUCAGGGUGCAAACGGACGCUAUUCCACUGGUUUACGAAAUCAACUUGAGACCACAACUAGCCCUGCACGCGAUACCUCUGUAUACUCCCGACUGCACUGCGCAAAAUUACUCAACAAUUCCGUCAACGACGCCAUCAUGUCUCAAGAUCCCGAUCUCGACAAGAUAUUCGUGCUCGAUGCAUUGAGCAGCGGCCUCAACAUAUCCAUGGCAGAACUCCUCAGUAUUCUCGGCCGACAAGCCCCAAUUUCGAAUCUUCUGCUUCAGCCCGUCAUCAGACCGCAGCAGCUUCCCAUGACCACGACCCUGCUUUCCGUACCGAGCAUUCAUUCACAACAGAAAGCAGCAGUGCAUCAGACGAUGGCACAAGUAGGGGAGCCACAGAUAAUGAGGAAGGAGUUCCUGAUCACGUACUGGAUCGCCUUGAGUCUUGUUAGCGCACUCGCUAUAUCGGCAGUCUGGACAAAGGUACACAUGGCGGCACAGAAGGGCCACAAGAAAUUCGAACCCAGAAAGCCUAUGUCGGACGUUGAGAGGUGGCACGAGCAGCGUCAAAAGGCACGCGAUGCAUCCGUGCAGAUGGGACAGGUUGAUGACCAGGCCCCCGCCACAUAA